AUGCUACCAGCUAGAAGAACAUUCGUAGUAGUAUCCCAAAGACUUCUGUACACAGGGAGUGUAGUGCCUAAUUUUAACAAUCGCGGAAGACAUUGUGAAGUUGGAGUGGAAACCGAAGAACAUGUAUUGUGAUUACUAAUACAUUUAACUGUAACUUUAUGUGAUAUACGGAUGUUUUUUUUUUUAUUUUUUCGUGCAUCGCAUCGUUUCAAAUAAGUGACUGAUAAUCGUGGGAAUUGGUGGUGUGUAUCGCCACGUACCGGUAAGUUCUGUCAUCUUUUUAAGUAAAUGUACUGUACUGAAAGCGUUAUUAACCCGUAGCCACAGACGUGGAGUCAAUUUGACUCCUUGCUAGUAUGUGGAGGGGGAUUUCCAGUUUUCUCCUCAGUCUAUCUGUCCAGGCCUAGAGGUACCUUUUCAUCGAGUAGUAUUGAACUAGCACUGAGACAGUUGCUCAAAAGGACUACAGGUUUUUAGGAUGGAUUUUGAUAGCAAAGCUGGUCCCUCAAAAAUAGUUAGAUAUGGCGAUUCGGACUACGAAGAAACUUUGCUGAAAUGGGCUGCUGAGGUGGAUGAGGAAAAUGAAAACGGCAGUGGUAUUGAUUCAGAUGCCGAAUUCAUUUACAGUGAUAAUGAGAGCGUCCGGAACAAGAAUGGACAGAGAUUGCGAAAGACUUUCUACUGAAGAAGAUGAAACAUCGAACCGCGUUUCUACAAGAAACUAUUUCUAUGGAAAAAAACCAUUUCAAAUGGUUUGCGUGAACUGUGCAAAAUGAAAAAAUUACUUUGGAAAACCUACUGCACGUUUCCAGAAUAUUACAUUCACGUUAAUUUCUAAUCGUUAUAAGUAUUCUUUUUCAUGUUUUUAACGAGUUUUGUAUGAAAACUACCUAGCAAGUUAAUUUUUUUAUGUUAGAAAGUUACCAAAAAUGUUAUUGUAAAUAUUCACGAAAAUUGUGUGC